CCCCCCCAGUGCGAGGCGGGGCCGGGCCCUCCUGGCCCUUUAAGUCCCUUCCCCCGGCACCGCCCCUCUCCCAGGACGCUGACAUCAGCCCUCAAAUAGCCGCGCGGGCUGGGUGCGGCCCCAUCCCAUCGCUCUAGCUCCAGGCUGCCGCCAGCAGACACUGCAUCUUUGCCAUGGCAAACAGGGGACCAGCCUACGGACUCAGCUGGGAGGUUCAGCAGAGGAUCGACAAGCAGUACGACCCAGAGCUGGAGCAGAUCCUCACCCAGUGGAUCCUGGCACAGUGUGGGGGCAUCCAGCCACCUGAGCCCGGGAAAGAGAAAUUCCAGGAGUGGCUGAAAGAUGGCACAGUGCUCGGCAAACUCAUCAACAGCCUCUACCCAAAGGGCCAGGGGCCUGUCGCCAACACAGAGCCUUCAAACAAGGCCUUCAAGCAAAUGGAACAGAUCUCCCAGUUCCUGCGGGCUGCUGAGCAGUAUGGCAUUGCACCCACUGACAUCUUCCAGACUGUGGACCUCUGGGAAGGAAAGAACAUGGCCUGUGUGCAGAGGACCCUGAUGAACCUGGGGGGCUUGGCUGUCACGAAGCAAGAUGGGUUGUUCGUUGGAGAUCCCAACUGGUUCCCCAAGAAAUCCCAGGAGAACCGCCGCGACUUCUCUAAAGACAAGCUGAAGGAGGGUCAGAACGUGAUUGGGCUGCAGAUGGGCACCAACCGGGGUGCAUCACAAGCGGGCAUGACAGGCUAUGGGAUGCCACGCCAGAUCCUCUGAUCAGCCCAGCAUGGCAGCACUCCCUCUCCACCAUCUUCCCCCCUACCCCACCCCCAGGGUUUAAUAUAUUCGUCUACAGUCUAGAAAAUUGGGGAGUGAUGCCUUGAACACCCCCCACAAACCGCCACAUUGAAAUGGGCCAGGGCCUCAUGCCCUGACAGUCUGUAUUCAGAGCUCCCUAUCCCAGCACCAUGAACUCCCCCCCAGCUGUCUUACACCCUAGUUCUGUAGGGACCAAACAAAUUUCCAUAUGGACCAAAUGACUGUCUAGACUGACAUUGGGACCACUCAAGGCUGCCCCCUCCCACCCUGCCAUCAAAGCAAAGUGCCAAAGCUAUGGCUGCUAGCCAGAUCUCUCCUCCCUGGGGCUUGGGGCUCUGCCUGAAGCAGCAAACCCACUUCUUGCAUUCCAGGUACCCAGGCCAGUGGCUCUUGCUGAUCUGUCAAUAGUCUUAGGACCAAAAAUCUCCCUUGCAGGGCUCCGUCCACCUGUUCAGCUGUAAGACCUGCUAGCAACUGUCUUGUCUCUAAUCCCGCGCGUGUGCUGCAGAGCAGUCUGUAUUGUCUCCGAGUAACUCUCCUGUGCUAGUAACAAAACAUGUAACCUGAUGUCCCAGGCUCCCGUAGCUGGGAUGGAGGCAGAAUGCUGCCCAGCUGGGGCUGUGAAGAAAGGGCUGCAAUACCCUGCCCUGGUCCCCCUGGGGCUUGGGACAGGGCAUUGUCAGCCAGCUGGUCCAGGUCCUCCCUCCGGGUUAGGAGCAGCUAUAUGCUGUGCUCUCCCGGGUGGAGAAGCUAGGAAGUGCAUUGCAUCUUUGACACUGGGGCUAGCUCCAACACCAGGGGGCCCCAUUGCUCCUGGCUGACUUGUGGCUUGACCCUAACCCUAGCUGGUCCAGCAGUGCUGCAUGCCCAGCUCAGCAGCUAGGCUGUAGCUGUCACCUGUGCUCUGAUCACUCUGACUGGAAUGUAUCGCUGAGGUCACCAAUCAGAAUAAAGGUCACCCAAAUCUUGUUUAUA